GCCAAACAUCAAGAGAACGAAAAGUGGGUAACUGUAAACGUGUUCUACAAGUCAAAAGCUUUGUUUUAAUUUUUUUUUCUCUUUUGUUUCGUGUCAAUCUUGUUAGAAUUUUUUGCGUUUUACGUGUUUGGAGAAGUGGAGGAAGAACAAGAAGUGAAACUCGGGUUUGUAAUGGGAAUAAAAUCAGAAGAACGAGAGAGAUGACAUGGUGCGAUAAUACUGUUGAUGAUAGGGCUCUAGAGAUUGUCACUUCAGCCGCCAGCAAUGAACCCGCCGCCGUCGCCUCAGAAGCAGACGUUUCAGCCACCAAAAUUAACGAAACACCAACCAUGACAUGCCCUUCAUGUGGCCAUAACAUGCCCUAUCAUGAUCAGGCGGGGAUUCAUGAUCUGCCCGGUUUACCAGCAGGAGUGAAAUUUGAUCCCACGGAUCAGGAAAUUCUAGAGCAUUUAGGAGCAAAGGUAAUAUUGGACAAGCACAAGCUUCAUCCAUUGAUCGAUGAGUUUAUUCCAACGCUUGAAGGAGAAAAUGGGAUUUGUUAUACGCACCCAGAGAGGCUUCCAGGUGUAAGCAAAGAUGGCCAAAUUCGACACUUUUUUCAUCGACCAUCCAAGGCGUACACAACAGGGACCAGGAAGAGAAGAAAAGUACACACCGAUGAGGAAUGCGGAAGCGAAACGAGGUGGCAUAAAACAGGCAAAACCAGACCAGUUUUGGUCGGUGGGACAGUGAAAGGGUUCAAAAAGAUUCUAGUGCUCUACACGAACUACGGUCGGCAAAGGAAGCCGGAGAAGACAAACUGGGUGAUGCAUCAAUAUCACCUUGGGAGCGAGGAAGAUGAGAAAGAUGGCGAGUUGGUGGUUUCCAAAGUAUUUUACCAAACUCAGCCUAGACAAUGCAGUCCAAGUGGUAAUAGAAAAAACAUUCAAAGUCCUAACGUCGAGUAUUACAAUCAACCUUUUGUUUCAUCUUAUCAUGGAAGUCAUCGUUGUAGAGAAAACCCACCUCAGAUAAUCCCUAAUUUUGUUGUUCGAGGUGAUGGGUCAUCGUUUUUUAGGGUAGCCUCUGGUACAAGCAAAGGGAAAGGGAGAUCAAUCUGAAAAGAACAUUUUUUUAGACGACGACUUAUUUGGUUGCUGUUGGUUUUGCUGUUCUGUAAUAAUCAAACUUAAUUAUCGGAUUGUGGUUUUGCUCAGGAAUUGAAGGAGGGAAUGAAAGAAUAACUCAGAUGAACGUAUGUUGUCUUCAUGCAUGGUCUUGAACCAAGGUCUGUGACAAGGGAGCAGCUGCCCUAUAGAGAUAUAUAUUACACUAGUCAUUUGGCAGAACUUUGUUUUUACUACAAUCAUAUAUUAUAUUCAUUCUAGUCAUUUAUUAUAAGGUUUGAUGUCAUUCAUAGUAGGAUUG